AUGGACUUUCUUCAAAAGGGAUGGUUUACUGAGUUCUCACCGGACGAUUUGGAACGGAUGAAACAAGGAGCCACCGAUUCGAAGCAGUUAAAGUCUGAUGGAGUGGUGAUGGGUGGAGCAUGGCCAGGUCAGGCGUUCUCCCUUAAAGUGAAGGAAGUCUUGUUUCAUGAAAAGAGCGAAUAUCAGGAUGUUCUAGUUGAGUCUUAUGGUAACGUGCUGGUUCUAGACGGAAUUAUACAAGCUACUGAGCGAGAUGAGUUUUCAUAUCAAGAAAUGCUUGCUCAUCUGCCGAUGUUUGCUCAUCCAAACCCUAAAAAGGUUUUGAUUAUCGGAGGAGGUGACGGUGGCAUUUUGAGAGAGGUUCUGAAGCAUCCCGAGGUUGAGCAUGUCACCAUGUGUGAAAUAGAUCGUGUUGUGAUUGAAGCAUCGAAACGAUUCUUGCCUGGAAUGUCCUGCUCUUUCUCAGAUCCAAAGCUGAACCUAUUCUGCGGCGAUGGCUUCGAAUUCCUCAAAAAACACAAGAAUGAGUUUGAUGUGAUCAUCACUGACUCUUCUGAUCCUGUUGGACCAGCGGAAACCCUAUUUGGAAAGUCAUAUUAUGAAUUGUUACGGGAUUCUCUGAGAGAAAACGGUGUGCUGUCUUCUCAAGGUGAGUGUCCAUGGUUGGACCUUGCCCUGAUUGCUAAAGUCAUCCGUGAGUACUGUUCACCGAUAUUUCCCGUUGUACGGUAUGCGGUUAGCUCAGUACCUACGUAUACCAGCGGCUUCAUAGGCUACAUCAUCUGCAGUAAAGCGAAGGUUCUGCUGUGUGAAAGUGCUUGGCUACAUCUCGGUUUAAUCGCUCACAUGAUGCGCUUUACUCGUGAAUUAUUUGCUAACGUACAGUAUGCUCAGUCAGCUGUCUCAACGUAUCCAUCUGGCACGAUGGGAUAUCUGAUCUGCUCGAAAUCGGAUCUUGACGUCACAAAACCAUCGAGAUUACUGUCGGAGGAUGACAUCGUGAGGAUGAACUUGAAGUACUAUAACUCCCAGGUGCACUCUGCCGCUUUCGUCUUGCCUCAAUUCGUUAAAAAAGUAAGUGAGGAUGGUUCGUUGAAGCUACUGCUAAUAGCCUUUCAAAUAUUAUUCCAGGCUCUCGAGAAGAAGUGA